CUCUGCUUGUGGCAACGCACAGACUUCCUGCUUCACUCCCUGGUUUCUCCCUGCCGUUCUCUCCGCCUUCCAAGAGCCAUCCCUGCCCCAGCCCCUGGACCUGGAACGGGGCAGGAGCAGGUGGCAAGCCCAGCAUCCAGGAUGUUCACCAUGACCAGGGCCUUACAAGAGACUCUACUCCAGCACUUCAUAUACCAGAAGCUGGAGAUUGCCUAUGCCAUACACAAGCCAUUUCCCUUCCUCGAAGGCCUCCGAGACAACUCCUUCAUCACUGAGACAAUGUACAGGGAAUCCGUGGAAGCCUACAGAAACCAGGUCCCUGUAUCCAGAGUGGUGUACAACAUCCUCACCCACCUGGAGAAGAUGUUCAGUCUGUCGUGUCUGCAGAUGUUGUUCAGCCAAAUCAACCUGCGCGAAUACCCCAACCUGAUGACGAUCCUCAAGAGCUUCAGAAGUGUUGUCAUUUCCUACGGAGGAUGGAACAGAGCUGAGCCUAUCUUCCUUGAAGCCCCAGCCAACUCAGCUGAAGGGAGCUCCCUCCAGACCCUGCUGUCGCUGCCCCCACCUCAACACCAACCGCAGAGCUUGUCACCCUGUGCGCCCAGUGUCAAUGAGCCCAGCGCAUCCACCCAGCACAGCACUGAGAUCUUGGGUGAACCAUCCAGCCCUGCUGGCCCUGCUGUGGCCCUCUCCAGAGCCACCCAGAAAGGAAGGAUCACUCCAGAAGACUCACAGGAGAUGCCUGGCACUCCGCCUGCCUCUGUGCAAGAGAUAAGAGAUGACUCUCCUGAACUCAAUGACCCCAAAGAGCUCCAGGAGGCAUCCAGCACACUUCCCAACAAGAAAGGAAAGAAAAGAAAAAGAAGUAUCUGGUCAACUCCAAAAAAGAGACAGCAGAAAAAACGCCUCUCAAAAGGGAGAGCCUCCCCUGAACACAGAAUCCAAGAGAAGCUCGGAGUGAUGGAUCAGACAACUGAAAAGAAGGAUGAUUCAACCAGGAACUCAGAGGUCAUGACGAGGGUCCAAAAGGCAAGGACUGGAUGUACCCAAACCAUUGGACCAGAGGAGAUCAGGGAUGACUGUUCAGAAGUGAAUGAAGAUGAGAGACCCCAGGAGCCGCCCAGCAUACCACCAAGCAAUGUGCAUGGAAAGGGAGAAAAAUAUAACCUGCCAACUUCAAAAAUAAGACAGAAACCAAGGCUCCCAAAAGCAGCCUCACCUAAACACAGAAUCCAAGAAAAGCUCCAAGUGGUGGAUCAGGCAACUGAAAGGAAGGACGAUUCAACCAGGAACUCAGAGGUCAUGACAAGAGCCCAAAAGGCAAGGACUGGAUGUACCCAAACCUCUGGACCAGAGGAAAAGAAAGGAAAAAAAGAAGUCAGUUCAAGUUCAACCAGAAGGUGUCAGAAAAAUAUUCCCCCAAAGGAAGAACCCGAAGAUGAAUCUGUGGAUUUUCACUCUCCCGAACUUCCCGUGACCUGUGGUGAAGCUAAAGGGAUUUUAUAUAAGGAGAAAUUGAAACAAGGAUCCUCAGAGAAGUGCAUUCAGAAUGAAGAGGGGGUUUGGUUCACGCCAAAAGAAUUUGAAAUUGAAGGAAAUCGGGCAACUUCGAAGAAAUGGAAAAGGAGUGUGCAUUGCAGAGGAAAGACCUUAGAAGAGCUGCUGAAGAAAGGAUUUUUGCUCUGUCCUCCAAGAAUAAGUGUCAAGAGAAAGGGGGGAAACUCCAAAGAAUGUGAGGUGUGCUGUAGAGGGGGACCGCUGCUCUGCUGUGUCACUUGUCCAAGAGCCUUUCAUGAGGACUGUCACAUCCCGCCUGCAGAGGCUGAGAGGAGCCCGUGGAGUUGCACCUUCUGCAAGAUGGAGUCUUCGGGAAGGCAGCAGUGUCAUGGGAAACCCGAGGUCCUGGAGCGGCAGAUGCAGCCCGAGGAGCAGUUGAAAUGUGAGUUCCUCCUCUUGAAGGCCUACUGUCACCCACAAAGCUCCUUUUUUGCAGAAACCCCAUAUAAUAUUUGCGAUUAUGGAGAGCCCUUUAAGGAAGCCAUGUGGUUGGACCUGGUUAAGGAAAGGUUGACUGAGAAAGUGUAUACGGUGACGUGGUUUGUUCGGGACAUGCGCCUGAUCUUUUACAACCAUAAAAUGUUUUACAAGACUUCUGACUUGGGUCAGAUAGGAUUGGACUUGGAGGCAGAAUUUGAAAAGGACCUCAAAGAGAUGUUUAAUUUUUGCAAAGCCAAAGAGAACAGCUUCCAGACUCUUUGAUCCUGUUCUAGAAAGACUAAGGCACCCCAACUUCAGGAUCCACAUGAUGCAACCUUGACCUUCCUUAGACAGCCCGUGAGUCUAGAAUGUUAUUGGCUGCCCUCUUGACUCAAAGCCAGAGCCUUGUACCAUCAUUAAACCUGCCCUUUCUUUCUGCA